AGCAGGCGGGGGCCGGGGCUGCAGCCGCGCCUGGCAGAUGGACCCACGGAGCCACAGACCCGGCGCCAUGUCUCACGGCCCCGGCGUCAUUCGCACCACAUGCAGCAGCAGUGGUAUCUUCGGAGUGGGCGCACCCCCACCGGGCCCGGCCCCAGUCCCGGGCCCCUCCGAGGGACUGGUGGCCCGCGGUUACCCCACUACCUACCCCGCAUUGCUCAAGGUGGCGCAGAUGAUCUCUCUCCUCAUUGCCUUCCUCUGUGUGAAGAACUCCAUGUGGACUGAUUACAGCGCGUACAGCUACUUUGAAGUGGUCACCAUGUGUGACCUGCUGAUGAUUCUCGUCUUCUACCUGGUCCAUCUUUUCUGCAUCUACAGGAUGCUCACCUGUAUCAGCUGGCCAUUGGCGGAAUUUCUGCAUUACUUAAUUGGUACAAUCCUCCUGCUGAUUGCAUCCAUCGUGGCAGCAUCCAAGAGUUACGGCAUAGGCGGCCUCGUGGCUGGAGCGGUCUUUGGGUUCCUGGCGACUUUCCUGUGCACGGCGAGCAUCUGGUUAUCCUACAAGAUCUCAUGUAUAACGCAGGCCACAGCUGCAGCUGUGUGAUGGCGUCACUCAUAAUGCCUCGUGCCCCCCGGUAGGAAGAGCCCCUGUGGGGCUGGCAGGGACGUGUGGCUGAUAGGGGAGGCCAGCCAGAAGGACCACCUGGCACUGGGACGAAGAAAGGCUUUUGAAGCAAAGUCUUCGAUGCCGAAGUCCUGCCUAGAAGGAUGGAGAGGCCUUCUGAGGGUUCCCUUACCCCUUCCCUGGAGUUCUGCCCAGAAUAUGGGGUUCCCAAAGACUCUUCUCCAGCUUUCCUCGCAACAGCCUGCCUGUUCCUGGGCGUGAGAUGGGACAAACUGGACAGGAUGGCCGGGAAGGGAAGCCACGCCCUUUGCCUACUUCUGCCUGUGAAACCUCUUCUGGCCCCGGGUCUCCCAUUUCAUAGAAUAGGAGUGCAAAACUGAGUCCUUGUCUAAUGCUGUCUUCAAUUCACUCUGGACCUAAGGAACAUUAUAGAAAUCCUUUUGUAAAACACCACCCCCACAUCCCUAAUUUAUCUGCUUUUGUAAAUCCAACCUUGGCGAUGUUUAGCUUGCUGAAAGUGAGAUACACCCAGAUAAACACAGUACAAGUAGGAAUGCGACCCCCGUGCCUCAUUUCAUCUUCCCUGCCUUUUCCUGCCGCAGACCAAAGGAAGUAAAACCUAAACUCGG